CACAAUUUUAUCGCCAUUCUAUUUGCUUUGGGUUUCUGAGCAUUGUCAUUUCUCUCCAGUUUCUCUUUUGCUCUCCUCUCUCUCUCUCCCAAAACAGCAUAAACGUCUCCCUACCUGACCAAAUGGCAGCUCCUUCGUCUCUUUUCUCUGCUCUUUCGAGGGAGGACUCCGUCGUUGCUCUGGAAAUCAUCAAAUCGGCGCCGGCAAACGUUUCCUUUUCCGAGAUUAACGAGAAUGGCUACUCGGCUCUUCACUUUGCUUCCUCUAAAGGUUAUCUUGGAGUGAUAGAGGCGUUGAUCGCCAAAGGCUCGAACGUGAACCAAGCCACCGACGCUGGAACUCCUUUACAAGUAGCAAUUCUUUCCGGACAAAUUGCGGCGUUGCGGACGCUGUUGAAGAAUAAGGCUGAGCCAAAUCAGUGCUCAAACAACCUUCCGUCGCCCCUAGUACUCGCCAUCUCUCGUGCUUGUUCACAAUGUUUCUAUGCUUUGAUCGAUGCUGGUGCGGACCUGGAUCUUGAGUCGUUGGGGUGCUCUCCGCUCAAUGUCGCCAUCAACCACAAUGAACAUUUUAUGGUUCAGAAGUUGAUGAUCUCUGGGGCGGACUGUUCUGUAGCAGAUACAGCGGGCCUUACACCUUUGGAGUAUGCAGCUGUUUCCCGUCAAACAAAGAUACUGAACUACUUGAUGGCUUUUAUUGAUCCAAUUGACUCGUGCCCUGUGUGGACGGUAGCAGGAAUCAUUCAGCGCCUUAAUUCUCCGAAAGAACUAUCAAAUAUUGAGAUUAAGCUCAAACAAAAGUCAGAGAACUUGAUAACACAUGGGGAUGUUGCAGAAUUGGAUGGUAAAAUGGAAAUAGCAAUCUUCUGGUACAGUGAGGCACUUAUAGCUGACCCCACUAAUCACGAAGCCUGGGCUAACCGAAGCAGGUGUUAUUAUAAAUUGAAUGCAUGUCAUGAUGCUUUAGUGGAUGCUGAAUCUUUCAUAAGAUUGGCACCUCAAUUGCCUGAAGGCUACAUCAGGAAAGCAGAGGCAUGCGAGCAGCUUGGGAAAUAUGCAGAUGCUGCAUCAGCAUAUCUCGAAGCUUCAAACCUGGACCCCGAGCAGCAGGCCUACCUUGAGGGAUAUAAUCAGGCACUUCAGAAGCAUCUUGAUAAUUUGGAUUUCUAAUUUUGCCAGGGGAGACGUCUAGAUAUAGAGCUGUGGAGACUCAAGGAUAGUUGUAAUCAUUUACCUAAAUGUUGUUUUCAGUGUCACACAAUAUUAAACUUUAUCAUAUAGCAUCCAGUCAUUAUCCUCAAGGUAAGUAUCAUCGAA